ACCAGGACCCGUAUAGCAGUACCCGGGGAUCGUCCCUCCUGCUGCCUUUUUACGCCCGAGGGGGGUCCCUCCAGUUUUUUGUUUUGUUUUGUUUGUUUGUUUUGUUUUGUUUUUUUUUGCCUGAAAGCACACACACACACACACACACACACCCUCCACGGAGCCAAGACGUUGUUCCGCGUAGAGCCGGGGGUCCCCAGUCCGAGCAGCGCAGCCCGCGGGGGAAGGUCGGCGGCUCUCGCCGGCAUGAUGGUCCACUGCGCCGGGUGCGAGCGGCCCAUCCUGGACCGCUUCCUGCUCAACGUGCUGGACAGAGCCUGGCACGCCAAGUGCGUCCAGUGCUGCGAGUGCAGCUGCAACCUGACCGAGAAGUGCUUCUCCCGGGACGGGAAGCUCUAUUGCAAAAUGGACUUUUUCAGGCGAUUUGGCACAAAGUGCGCGGGCUGCCUGCAGGGGAUCUCCCCAAACGACCUGGUCCGCAAAGCCCGCAGCAAAGUGUUCCAUCUGAACUGCUUCACCUGCAUGGUGUGUAACAAGCAGCUGUCCACGGGAGAGGAGCUCUACGUGAUAGACGAAAACAAGUUCGUGUGCAAAGAAGAUUAUAUGAGCUCCGGAGCCAUUAAGGAAGUCAACCUCAACUCAGUGUCGUCGUGCACAGACAGGAGUUUAUCUCCGGAUCUGCCGGACCCCAUACAGGACGACAUAAAGGAGACGGACAAUUCCACGUCCUCAGAUAAGGAAACGAACAAUAUUGAGAACGAGGAGCAGAACUCUGGGGCCAAAAGGCGGGGGCCCCGGACCACCAUCAAGGCCAAGCAGCUGGAAACGUUAAAGGCUGCGUUCGUGGCCACGCCGAAGCCCACCCGGCACAUCCGAGAACAGCUGGCCCAGGAAACGGGACUAAACAUGCGAGUCAUCCAGGUCUGGUUCCAGAACCGGAGGUCUAAGGAGCGGCGGAUGAAGCAGCUGAGCGCGCUGGGGGCCCGCCGCCACGCCUUCUUCCGGGGCCCCCGGAGGAUGAGGCCCCUGGGGGGCCGGCUGGAGGACGCCGACAUCUUAGGACCCGGAGCCUACGGCUACUACGGAGAGUACCAAGGUGACUAUUACGGACCGGGGAGCAACUACGACUUCUUCCCCCACGGACCCCCGUCCUCUCAGGCCCAGUCCCCGGCCGAGUCCCCGUACAUCCUGGGCUCGGGGCCCGGACCCAUGGAGGGGCCCGGACACCACCCGUCAGACGACCAAAGGUUCACGGACAUGAUCUCCCACCCGGAAACCCCAAGUCCUGAGCCAGGCCUGCCCAGCUCCCUCCAGCCGGUCCCGGGGGACGCGUACGGGGGAGGGCCCAGCCCCCCUUUCUCGUUGGCCAGCAACUCCAGCUACAGCGCUCCCAUGUCCCACCAGGGCCCGGAGAUGGGGGAGGCCACCGCCUGGUAAAAGGACAAAAAAAAAAAAACACACAGGGACCCCUUCAUGGGCUAGAAGACAACAAAAAUAAAUCAGGAGAAAAAAAUAAAAAAAAAAAAAACUAAACAAAAAGGACAACAACAAAAAAAACAUUGCGAGAGGGGGGGAAAAUAUAGCUAAAAUUUCUACAGAGAACUUUUUAAAAUCACCGACUGCUUUUCACUAUUGAGAAACUGAUAGAUGCAGGAUGGAGAGCGGGGGAAAGCGUCUCCCCUCCUGGAUUACUGGACCUGAGACGGAAAAAAAAAGAAAUAAGGAACACAAUUAAGAAAAAAAAAAUUGAUUUCAUCCAGCAAAAUGCUUCUCGCCUUGCCCUUGAUGUUAACAAAGGUAUCUUCUAAAGCUCUAAGAACACGUUAGCGAGAAAACGCCAAAGGGGACACGUCUCGUUUUCCUCGUUUUUCACCACGUUGGCUUCAAAGCAAUAUUAGUUAUCGCUCUGUCGCCCGUCACCGCCGAGGUUUUGGGGCUCUAAUGCUUUAAUAUUCAUGUAUUCCGUUGCUGUGUACGUUUUAAUCUCAUUUUAAACAUUGUCUCAUUUGGACAAUGUGUCAAAUCAAAGGCUGCUGCUUGACAGGCGCGCACCGACUUCCCUCUGCACACACUCCAAGAUCCCUCCGUGCACAAAGAGAGUUCUUGAUCCUCGCUUGAAAGAAGGAUGUCUAUACCAUUAUUCUAAAGCAGAACACAAUUAUACCGACGUUUGUGCCCUCCCACACACACACACACGCACACACAGACACACACACACA